AUGGCCUGCUACGACAUCUGCCGUCCCUGCGGACCCACCCCGCUGGCCAACAGCUGCAAUGAGCCCUGUGCCCGCCAGUGCCAGGACUCCAGGGUUGUCAUCGACCCUUCCCCUGUGCUGGUCACCCUGCCAGGACCCAUCAUGACCUCCUUCCCCCAGAACACCGCCGUUGGAUCCACCUCCUCGGCUGCCGUGGGCACUGAGCUCAGUGUGCAGGGACAGCCCAUCUCUGGUGGAUUUGGUGGCUUUGGUGGCUUUGGCUAUGGCCGUGGAUUUGGCUAUGGGCUGGGCUAUGGCUAUGGGCUGGGAGGCCUGGGCUGCUACGGCAGAAGGGGCGGCUACAACUGCUAAGGACCCUCAGCAUCACUCCUUACACCACCAGCUCAGGGAUCAGGCAACAAGU